CACACAUACACACAGACACACACCCUAUGCCCAUUUUAGUGAUCAGAGGAAGGACUGUGGGUUAUAGUACACAUAAGCCACGGAGAACAUAGUUCUAGCUGGCAUCUGACUGGAGUUUAGGAACUUUCUAGACCUGUGACUGUUAUUUAUUACAACGUACUUGUGCGUUAAAUCUUUAACUGAGAUCUGCCAACUGGACUGCAAAUCUUGCUCAGUCAGCAGCAGAGUGAAAACUGCCAAAGCCCUUCUGCACCAUGGCUCAGUAUGACCAACUUGAGGAUAAAGACUCAGUGGAUAUCCAUGAUAACCCACCAGUACCUGAUAACGUGGUCAGAGAGGAUGAAAACACUGUAUAUUUUGUGUAUGAUGAAGAGGUAGAGGAAGAGGAGGCUCCUCCGCCCCCCACCCCUGAACCUGUAGUGCUGGUGAAUGACAGGCCGCAUAAGUUUAAGGACCAUUACUGCAAGAAGCCCAAGUUCUGUGACGUCUGUGCUCGAAUGAUUGUCCUCAAUAACAAAUUUGCCCUGCGCUGCAAGAACUGCAAGACCAACAUUCAUCACGCAUGCCAGUCAUACGUGGAGUUCCAGAGAUGCUUUGGCAAAAUACCACCAGGUUUCAGACGAGCAUACAGCUCCCCUUUGUAUGAUCAGGAGAUAAAUAACCCUGGCCAGCAAAAUCGCAGUGACCCAGUCUUUGAUACACUGCGUGUUGGGGUUAUCAUGGCCAAUAAGGAGAGGAAGAAGGCAUCAGAAGAUAAAAAGAAUAUGAUGAUGAUGAUGAUGGAAGAGGAAGAGGCCCAGCAGCCAAAAGAGGAUGAAGAAGGGGGUGAGGGAAAGCAGGAUGGAGAUAAGAAAGACAAGACAGCUGCAGAUGACAAGAAUAAGAAGCAGCAGCAGACCUUCAGUCAGUCUCACUACUACAUGGCUCUGUACCGCUUCAAAGCAAUAGAGAAGGAUGACCUGGAUUUCCACCCUGGAGAUCGUAUUACAGUUAUUGAUGACUCUAAUGAAGAAUGGUGGCGGGGUAAGAUUGGGGAGAAGACAGGUUACCUGCCAAUGACUUACAUCAUCAGAGUGCGUGCAGGAGAGAGAGUCUACAAGGUCACUCGAUCCUUCGUGGGGAACAGAGAGAUGGGCCAGAUCACACUAAAGAAAGACCAGAUCGUGGUGAAGAAAGGAGAGGAGGUGAAUGGUUAUCUGAAGGUCAGUACAGGCCGCAAACUGGGCUUCUUCCCUGCUGACCUGCUGCAGGAGAUCUAAACUGCACCAUUGGUCCACCCUGCCGGAGAAAAACAAAGUAGAGUUUAAUAUGUUACUUGUCAUGUUAUUCUGUAUUCUGCAGUGGGGCAUUAUUUCCCUCAGCCUCAUCAGUUUGACAGAAUUAUAUAUCAUUUUCAUGUUUUCAUUCAUCAUUGCACUCCCACUGCAAUACCCAGCAGGCAUUACGCAAAUACAUCAUACAGACAUUGGGAAUCCCUGUGGUGUCAACCAAUCCUGACCACUAGCUUAAUCACUAAAAUAUAGGCUAACAAAUACAAACAUGCUAGCAUUAGUGUAAUGCUGCCUGCAAGUCCUUCUCAGAAGUUCCUCGGAAGUACGACUUGAUUUGUGUUUAAGUGGCUAUGGUCGGAAACAAGAUAAGAUAAGCUUUUUUGUUUACGUUUGUUUUUAUUUAACUAAAGAGAAUCCGUUUAUGCUGCAUUACUGCAACAAAAUGAUAAGCACAGGAUGCCAAUACGUCAAAAAUCAAACAGAAGCACAUGUAAACAUAAGUUUACAUGUGCUUCUGUUUGAUUUUUGAUGUAUGGAUGAUUGUAGCCUGCAGUGUUCACGUGUGGCCCCUGAAUAACUGAAGUACAACCAGUUUACAAUACAACUAUCAGUGGCUGCUGUUGCUUUUUUGCCAACACACC